AUGACGGAGAGGAAAGAAGUGAAGGAGAAAAAGCUAUUUCUGGAUCCUGAGGCAGGUCUUCAGACCCAAAAGGGCCCUCACAAACCAGGCAGAGCUCACCAAUGGCUCCGCAACCCGAUUACGAUCGUCCUGCAGAUGCUUAUCUUAGGACUGUUCUGUCGGUUCGCCCUGGACCAGGUUCACCGUUCGGCUCAACCAGAUCCCGUCCACAAGACUUUUGUGGGCUAUCUUGGUUCGCUGGAAGAGAAUUAUGCUGGCACAUGGCUGAAGGAGUACUCGAAUGAAACUCAAUUCCCAGGCACGGAGGCAAACAUCAAGCUAGCCAAUUGGACAAGAGACAAAUUCCUCGAGUUUGGUCUGGAGGCGGAAACUGACCUCUACACGACCUACAUAAGCUAUCCCGUGUCCCAGUCGCUGGAUCUUUUGAGUGCGGACAACGGUUCUGUCGUGUUUAAGGCUGCUCUUCGCGAAGACAUUUUGGAAGACGACCCGACCUCCCUGAAAAGUGUGCCCGCAUUUUUGGGCUACGCGGCCUCCGGCGACGUUGUGGGCGAGUAUAUUUACUGCAAUUACGGCACUAAGGAGGAUUUCGACACGUUGGCCGAACUAGGAGUGAACGCAACAGAUAAGAUAGCGGUGAUUAGAUAUGGCAAAAUAUUCAGGGGCCUGAAGGUCAAGUUUGCGCAGGAUUUUGGUUUCAAGGCCGCCCUACUGUUUACGGAUCCUGGAGAUGACGGAGAGGUGACCGAGGCGAAUGGCUACAAGGCCUAUCCGGAAGGAAUAGCAAGAAACCCAAGUGCCAUCCAGCGCGGCUCUUCGCAGUUUCUUUCUGUGUUUCCCGGAGACCCAACGACGCCUGGCUAUGCCAUCAAACCGGGGGAAAACAAGACACGGUCGAGUCCUCACUUAACAACCCCAAAAAUCCCGGCUAUCCCCGUUUCCUACAGAGACGUUAUUCCUAUUUUGGAGAAACUCUCUGGGCACGGGCCUAAGGUCGAGUCCUGGCCUACAGGACUUGUUCCCGGCUACGACUACGCUUCGAUUGGUCCAAAUCCAAGCUACAAGCUGCACCUGGCAAACGAGCAGGACUUCAACUUCACCAAUCUCUACAAUGUCUACGGCAAGAUCGAAGGACACAAGAAAGACGAGGUGAUCAUCAUUGGCAACCACCGUGACUCCUGGACCCCCGGUGCCGGAGAUCCUCACACGGGUUCUGCUGUGCUGCUUGAAAUUGCCAGAGCCUUAGGCAAUCUGCAAAAGACCGGCUGGAAACCGCAAAGAACCAUCAUGCUUGCAUCUUGGGACGGCGAGGAGUACGGCCUGCUUGGAUCCACCGAAUUUGGCGAAUACAACGCGCGCGAUCUUUCUAAAAAGACAGUCGCUUACUUCAACAUGGACGUUGCAGCUGUCGGUAACAUCCUGCAGCUUGGAGCCUCGCCUCUGCUUUACGAAGUGCUCAGAUCUUCAGCCGAUCUUCUGGAGUACCCAGGCACAGACAAGACACUGUACGAUCACUUCAAAGAGAACACCAAUGAUACCAUCAAGCCUCUUGGUUCGGGCUCCGAUUAUACAGUGUUCUUGGACCAUCUGGGCAUUCCGUCGGUGGAUAUGGGUUUCACGAGCAACCGCACCGGCCCUGUUUAUCACUACCAUUCGGUCUACGAUUCUUACCACUGGAUAGAUAGUCUGGUGGAUCCUGGCUUUGUUCUCCACAACCUCAUGGCAAAGUACGUCGGUCUGUCCGUUCUGAAACUGAGUGAGACCAAAGUGUACCAAAUGAAGGCUUCGGACUAUGCUGCGGAAAUCCAGCGACUCUACGAGAAAGUGAAGGUUCCUGAACACUGGCUGAGUCGGAGUCUCGGACACUGUUCGACGGGCGAGAAGCUCGACGACCUGCUAUCGGACACGAAGCAGAAUCUUGUUUCUUUGAAAGACGCUGCCGCCUCCUUUGACGCGGACGCCGUGCAGUUGCAAACACAGUACGACAACUGGGAUAACCUGUCGUGGUGGGAGAAACUUGCUCUGCAAUGGAAGAUUGUCAAAACUAACCAUAAGUUGAAGUACUUUGAGCGCAAGUUCCUGAACUCAGAUGGCUUGAAGGACAGACCAUGGUUCAGACAUAUCAUCUAUGUGAGCGGACGCUACACGGGCUAUGCCGGCCAGCAACUGCCUGGGCUGACGGAGCCGAUUGAGGACAACGACUACGAAACGUUUGUGCAUGGCCUCACCUUUUUCAACAACGUCGUCAACCACCUGGCUACGCGUAUCUAA